GAGAGGAGAGGGUGAGAUUGUGGAAAGAGAGAGAGAGAGGAAGAGCGCACACUCCAGGUUGGCGCAGGCACCGUCCGGGAGAACGGAGCGUUGUGCACGGCGGCAGCAUGGCUUCGUCUCACGGGAGAAGCGACUUGCGGUUCGCAGACUGGAUGGCAAGUUUACCGCAGAGCAUGCACACUAUCCCGCUCACCAACCUGGCUAUUCCUGGUUCCCAUGAUUCCUUUAGUUUCUACAUUGAUGAGGCGUCUCCUGUGGGUCCUGAGCAGCCGGAGACAGUGCAGAACUUUGUUUCUGUUUUUGGCACUGUGGCUAAGAAGUUAAUGAGGAAGUGGUUAGCUACACAGACUAUGAAUUUCACCAGCCAACUGGAGGCUGGGAUCCGCUUCUUUGACCUGCGCAUCUCUACCAAGCCCCGAGACCCUGACAACGAGCUGUACUUCGCCCACGGACUCUUCAGUGCCACAGUCAGGGAAGGACUAGAGCAGAUCAGUAGUUUCCUAUCAGCUCAUGCGAGAGAAGUGGUGUUCCUGGACUUCAAUCACUUCUAUGGUGUCCAAAACCUGCACCAUGAAAAACUGGUGGCCAUGUUAAAGGAGGUCUUCGGAGACAAACUCUGCCCUGUCGUCUUUGCCCAGGAGGUGACUCUGCAGUAUCUGUGGGAGAAAGAGUACCAGGUGUUGGUGUUCUAUCACCACCCCAUGGCCCUGGAGGUGCCCUUCCUGUGGCCAGGACAGAUGAUGCCCGCUCCAUGGGCCAACACCACUGACCCAGAGAAGCUAGUUCAGUUUCUCCAGGCUUCUGUCACCGACCGCAGGAGGAAGGGGACUUUCUUUGUCUCCCAGGUGGUUCUGACACCAAAGGCCAGCACUGUGAUGAAGGGUGUGGCGAGUGGACUGAGAGAGACGAUCACAGAAAGGGCUUUGCCAGGCAUGAUGCAGUGGAUCAGAUCGCAGAGACCCGGAGAGAGCGGCAUCAAUAUUAUCACAGCUGACUUUGUGGAGCUGGGAGAAUUCAUCAGCGCUGUCAUCACUCUCAACUAUCACCUGGAUGAAGAGGACGAUGAUGCCACCUGAGAGCUCACAGGGGGGCGUCUGGGAGCACAGUCCACUACCACCUCUGAUAGUGGUGGGGUCUGCGCUCUCACUUUUUUCUCUUUCGGCAUUUAUUUCAGAAGGGGAGCUGCACUGCUCCAUUCACUUUAUUUAGGGCUAUAGUAAAUGGAGAGAAAUGAGAGUUGAUUAGGGAUGUUAGGAUGUAGGAUAUGGAACAGCGCUGGGCUUUGACUGGAGCUCUAAGAGAAUGAGGUUUUGUUUGUUUCCUAUUUUUGGGAUCCAAUUGAUUGAUUUUUUUUUUUUUUCCCUAAGUGAGAUGUUCAUUUUACUUACUUCCUGUGCUGUAAAACACCUGCUUUUUCAAAUGAUCAAAUGCACUGUUUUUAGACUUACCACUCCAUCAAGGGUAGGUUUCUCAGAGCAUAUCAACUUCGUGCUUAAUGUAUUACAGUACUGCAUUCAGUACAACAUGCUUGGUAUUCUAGUGACAGUGACAGUUUUUCCAGAGGUUGUUUUAAAUAGGUCUUUGUAACUUAAACCACUCGAUGUGGCCGGUGUAAGUAGCUAGCAGUUAUUUAUCUCGUUUAGAAAAUCUGUCCAAGAGAAGUUUUUUCUAACAAUAUGCAUCCCUUCAGGUGUUUUUUUGGAAAACACACCCAGAAUCAUGAAUGCAGUGUGUGACAUUAACGUUCAUUUUCUUUCCAAUAGUCACAACUUCUCCAAUCUGAAUUUCUUUUUUGAGCAAGCAAUGUCUCCUUCCCCAGUUAAUGUCUGUCCUAAAGUUUUGCAUCUUAUAUACUGUCUGGCACAUGUUCACUCUACAUUUAAGACCAUUGCAGGAAAGGUACAGACAUUGUGCAGCAUGUAUAGCAGAGACAAAUAAACCAAUCAAGAUAUAUGCACUUGAGUUUUUUCUGUAUCUAAAUAAUGAAGCAAUCAUUUGCUGCUUUUCAGCUGUUUCAAAAAAAGUAAAAAGGUCCUUUGCAAAAUAAAAUUCAAUUAAUUCAUUUGGCACAACUAAGAAUCUAAUCAAUACUACUAGUCGUUUCUAAUCCUUUGAAAGCCAGAAGGACAAAUUGAUUGAAUUUUGUGGUGGGUGCUGAAUCGUGAUAGCCAAGUAUAAAAAUAAAGUACAUCUGGGUGUAAAAGUGUGUCCAUGCUCACUCCCUGUAUAUGUCUAUACUUAUGCUGUAGGGCAGCAUAUGAGUCAUCAAGAGAUAAAGGUGAUAAAGUUAACACCCUUUUAAAGGAAAAAAUAAUUUAGAUUCAGAAGGUUUUAAUGUGAGUUUAGUGCUUUGACACAAGGAAAAUAAUAGGAUUAAUCUUGCCCUUUGAUGUCUCCUUUAUCGGGUGUUUCAUGGUUAUGGAUCUGCUCAUUUUUGUUGUGUUAAAGGUGCAAUACAUGUCUUUUGUUUAUCUGUACUAACUGCAUUUCAUUCUCCAACCUACAAAGUUUGUUUUAUGAUGACAUUGAAGUGACACCCAGAAACGUUUUUAAAUGCAAGGGUUUACACAUUAUGCAUGUAACAAAGCUGCAUAUUCAUCAAACUUCCACACACAUAAUGAUCAGUGUGGCAUUUUCUGCUGAGAAUGUAUUGUCUAGUUUGGUAAUGUAAACCAAAACAGGAAACUCAACUGUUUGGAUUUGUGAAUGUAUGUGUCUUGUGUGUAACUGUGCCAUUUCUGACAGUCUCAUGUGAUGGAGUGACUGAGUAUCAGCUAGAAAGUCAUGUUUGUAUUGUAUGCUUCAAUGUGGAAAUGAGUUCAAGUUUUAGAGUUCAGACAGUACUACUUUUACUUGAGUGUAGUUUCCUGUUAAAAUGUUUUAUAUCGUGAAAAGUUUGUACAUACUGUAAUUGCAAAUAUUGUACUGCCGAUAAAUUGUAAAUGAUUUAAAUUCCUGCGAAGAGUCAUUGAAAACCAUUUCUAAACUUCUACCUUAACUAAUUGAUCAUUCUACUUCUUGUUUUCCAUAUUUAUUUGCCACUUUAAUUUUGUGCAUAAACCAAAAAGUUUUUGGUAUACAACAAGUUUUAUCAUGUUUUUUUUUUUAUCUGUUCAGUUCUUUUUUGCGUAUUGUCCUAAACAGCAUGGGUACAUCUCAGCUGGAGAGGUUUCGACCCUUUAAGAUAAAAUCCUCAAAUAAAUCAUUUUUUUCAAAUGUUGCACAACUGCCCAACAUCCAUCAAGAAGGAACUCACACAAAUAAGCAGACUUUGCUUGCAAAUUGUGUUGUUAGGACAUUUGUGUCUUCCCUGGUCCAAACUGUUGUCAUUGCCUUUUUGUUCUGGUGUGCAAAGAGUCCUCUGCUGUUGUAAAACCCAAACCUUUGUUUAUAUCAAAGUGACUCUGUUCUAAGUGGAAAAUGGCAGAUCAAAUAAAGCUUCUAUGCCUACUGAA